AUUCACUGAAUCGGCCAUGAGGAAUAAUCAGGUCUUAUAUAUCGCCUUAAGCGUGCUUCUGCUGGGAUCCUUGCUGCCAAGCGAAGUGGAGUCCUUCAAACUAGAUCUUAAUAAGCUUGAGGAGUGCGGAGAACCGGGAUUGAAAGCAGCCGCCACGUUGAUCUCGAGGUUGAUACCAUGUGUAAAGAAACUGGCAGCGUGCGCUGACUUUAAACCCAUGAAGACUAAGGACCUUGAUAUCACCGCUCUGGCCCUGAUAGGCUUUCAAUAUCUGCAAAAGAUCAUGAACAACCAGAAAUGCCUUCUGGUCUCCUUGAAAGAUUCCUACGAGGCUGUGUCGCCACACAUUGACAAGAUUAUUAGAGCGAAGUGCAUUUCAUUUGCAUAUGCUUAAAAUCGUUCAGCCAAAUCAAUUUGCGGUUCUCUAAUAAACGAUGUAUACAUAUUGAGAAUCUA